AAUGCUGUAGCAGUAGCUUCAGUUCAUUUGCCACAGUCUGUCUUCUCUCAGUCUUCAUCCUGGCAAUCUGUUGAUAACUCCACUUGCAAGCUACAGUUUAUUGUCUUUCGGAAUGGAAAACUCUUUCCUAGCACAGGAAACUCAUCAAAUCUUGCCGAUGAUGGGAAACGUAGGACGGUUGCCACACCAGCUGUUUUUGCUAAAAUAGAUGGGUGCAGUUUUGGAAACCUCACCAACCCUCUUACUAUUGGGUUGAGGCACUUUGCACGGGGUAUAGACCCCAUUGCAGCCUUCUGGGAUUUUGACCUUCUAGAUGGACAUGGAGGCUGGUGGGGAGAAGGGUGCCACAUAAUUAGUUCUGCAGGCAAUAUUACCACCAUUCAGAGUACACACUUCAGUAACUUUGCAGUGCUAAUGGAUUUUAAGACAGUGCUGUCUUUCCCCCAGUACCCAGGGGAGUUUCUGCACCCUGUGGUAUAUGCCUGCACUGCGGUUAUGUUGCUGUGCCUGUUUGCUUCCAUUAUCACCUACAUUGUCCAUCAUAGUACAAUCCGAAUAAGCAGAAAAGGAUGGCACAUGCUUCUCAACUUUUGCUUCCAUACUGCUCUUACAUUUGCUGUUUUUGCUGGUGGAAUCAAUCGCAUUAAAUACCCAAUUAUAUGUCAAGCUGUUGGCAUAGUAUUACAUUAUUCUACACUGUCCACUAUGCUAUGGAUUGGAGUAACCGCCAGGAAUAUUUAUAAGCAAGUCACAAAAAAACCUCAGCCAUGCCAAAACAGUGACCAACCUUCUUAUCCAAAGCAACCGCUACUCAGAUUUUACCUGAUUAGUGGUGGUGUUCCUUUUAUUAUAUGUGGGAUUACAGCAGCAACCAAUAUCAAUAAUUAUGGGAUUGAAGGCAAUGCACCAUAUUGCUGGAUGGCAUGGGAGCCUAGUCUCGGUGCUUUUUACGGGCCAGUGGCAUUCAUUGUGCUAGUCACCUGUGUUUACUUUCUCUGCACGUACGUGCAGCUGAAGCGCCAUCCUGAACGCAAGUAUGAGUUAAAGGAGAAGACAGAAGAUCCACAGAGAAUACCAAGUACUGAGGUGGGCCAUGGUCAUAUUACAGACACUGUGUCUGUUCCCCAGGCAACCUGCUCCAUGAUUUCUUCUUCCUUACUGGAAAAUGAGCAUUCAUUUAAGGCUCAGCUUCGAGCUGCAGCAUUCACAUUGUUCCUGUUUACUGCCACUUGGACCUUUGGAGCACUUGCGGUAUCUCAAGGUCAUUUCUUGGAUAUGAUAUUUAGCUGUCUUUAUGGAGCCUUCUGUGUGACCUUGGGACUUUUCAUCCUGAUCCAUCACUGUGCAAAACGAGACGACGUGUGGCAUUGCUGGUGGUCCUGUUGCCCGUCUAGAAGAAACACCUAUUCUGUCCAAGUUAAUGUGCGCCCAAAGGUUAAUGUCAAUGGCGACACUCAAGUUCAUGCACCUUGUCUUCAGGAGUCACCGUGUCCGAACAAAGCGGCUGUGUUUAAUCACCCAGCAGCUAGCCACUGCAAACUUACUAACCUACAAGCGGUUCAAAACCACGUGAAUUGCCUUUCGCCUGUGACACCGUGUUGUGCGAAAAUGCACUGCGAUCAGCUACUUGAUGAUGAAGCCCACAUUCAUGUCCACAACGAGGGAACCUUCAGACCCAAUAUGCACAUUCAUAGAUGUCUGAAAAGCAGAACUAAGCCACGUUAUUUCAGUCGGCACAGAUCUGCGGGUGAAAGAGAGUACGCCUAUCAUAUUCCUUCAAGCAUCGAUGGCAGCAUUCACAGCUCACACACAGACAGUCCCCACAGUACGCACGAUAGCCAGUCAGGCCACAGGCGGGCCUGCUGUUCAAAAAGCGAUCCAUAUCCUACUGUCAACCAGCCCGAAAGCAGCGAUGCAAGUACUGUAAUAUAUAGUUGUGCUAAAAUGCCAGAAAGUGACACUGUGCACCACCCAGCUCAUUUUGAAAUGCACCCACGGACACAGUCAUUGCCAUUUAACACGACAAAUCACAAUGGAAUUCUCAAGGGAAACGUGCAUGAAGCCAUGAUAUACAGCUCAGAUAGUACAGGAAAUAUCAAAACUGGCCCUUGGAAAAAUGAAACUACUGUGUAG